AUGAAUAUUUCCUUGUCAACAUCUGCGCUCCCCGGUAAUCGGAGUGGUGAGUUUUUACUUUCCAUUCACCCGCUUCUUCUUGGCGAUCACACGAUGGUAGCUACUAAGAGAUUGCUUAACAGCGAGCCCAUGGUCAGCGAGCCCAUGGUCAGCGAGCCCAUGGUCAGCGAGCCCAUGGUCAGCGAGCUGGGACAGGCAGGACAUCACAGAACAGCUCUACAUCCAAGUCAAACACUCCGAAAUCGUCAGCAGAUCGUUGCAGAACUUUACCACGGUUUGCACCGUCAACAUAACGCGUGGCUUUUUGAGCUUCCCAACUUCCGCAAGGACCUUGCCCCGGGUCGCCUGGUAGAUUCUGUUCCCUCGAAUGGGGAACUCAUGAACCCUCUGAUAGCUGGUGUUUAUGGCACCUUUGUCGCCCCAGGGCCGCUUUCCAUCUCAGCUCGAACCCUGGUCGGUCCCGGCAGCUUUUUCCACGAGGCCCGAAGACCUUCCAUCUACCCCAACGCAACCUGGUGGGACGCUUACCGCACAAUGUGUACCGGCACAGGUGUUCUCCUCUUUGACGAGUUGUCGCUGAGGUUUCGGCGAGGCUGUCGUGAAGUGGGAGUCGACGGGAACUUCAUGGACGAAAGGGAGGCUGCAAGACGAGUAGCAGACCUGUUGAGAGGAUUUUUCAAUGGGUUAUUUGCGGGGCCGAAUAUCGGAGAGAUCGACACAGCCAUUUCAUUUGCCAAUGAAGCAGUGCUUACCAUUUGGCCGCGGUCUUCGUUUUCGCCCUAUCUCGUCCGCCCUAUUUACUACGCCCCCAAGGCCGAGGCAGUCAAGCCACACAUCGGUGGAGGAAUUGCAGGCAUCGCCGUCAUCUCGGUUUUACUUGGCCUGCAGGCCCUUGGCAUCACCAUCCUUCUCACUCACGCUGUACAUCUACAGCUCACCCACCUGGACAGAGACUCUUGA